AUGGAUCUUUGUCAUAGGCAAAUUUUUUUGAGUUUCAUAUUUUCUGAGUAUGUUUAUGGAAAACCAAUGAAUGAUAACUAUGAAAACAAAAUGAAUAAAAUCCAUGUGCAAUUAAAUUUACCGGAGAAAUGUUUAUUUCCACGUCUAUCCAAAGCACCUGAAACAGCAAAUGAAAAGAAAAAUGGAGAUUUAAAAUUUGUCGAUAUGCGUAGAACAGUUCAGAUUCGUGUUUGUAAUUAA